UUGACAACACAACUGUUUCCGCGUGUUUUUUUGGUGGGAUUUAUGCUAUGCUAUGGUCGUAUGUCAGUGAAAAUGGCGUGUUGACGUAUUCAUAUUUGCUUUGACAUUUUCUUCUUAAUUCGGAGUGUAGGGUAGUUUUAAAUCCUUUGAUUUUUGUUAAUGAGGACUGAAUUAAUAGACCCUUUUUCCUACGAUGUCAUCGAUCGGAGGGAAGUCCAGAUAUUCGACUGAUUUUUCUCGGACUUUAAAACCCAGUCAAUCUUCGAAUGGCAAAGAAAUUAGUGAAUCAGAGGAAUUGUGCAGUGAAACAGAAGGUUUACGAAUACUCGACGAAUUCAAGAAACUUUACGAAAAUCGCAUCGAUGCAGUCGAUCAAGAUUCCUCGGUUACAGAAUUUGAACGAAUUUCGAAAAAGUUUAAAAUAAUGACCGAAUGGGUCAAAGACUUGAGGGAACAAAAUGUAAUGUUAGUUCGCACAGUUGAAGAUUUGGAACAAGCAGCGGUUUCUAGAGUUAAGCUUUUAGAAGAUAAACUACUCCACUCAUCUACUCUUGUUUCUGAAAAUAUUAUACAAUGCACUAAUUCGGGAGAGGCUUUAAAUAAUCUCUCGGAUCGUGUGGGCGAAUUAGAGAGAGAUGAGGAUUAUCUACAAAAUAGGAUAGAAUGCCUCCAAAGCGAUAUCAGAGGAUUAUUAGAAUUGAUUAGGCGUGCUCGGCAGGAAAAAUGUUGGUCCCAUGAAGGCAUCCAAUUUUACGAAAUUACGCCAGCAGACAUACCAGCUCCUCUCGAUUACGCCUGUGAUCAGGUAAAGGAAGACGCUCAGAAUCUACAAUACAAAAAUAAUUUGGCAACUUUGCAAGAUAAAGAGAGAAGAUUGCGCGCGAGUUUAACAGAUUUGGAAGAAAAGCUAUCAGAGUCAAACAAACAAAUUUCACAAAAAGAUGAAACGAUUAAGAAAUUCAUGUCUCAAGUGCAGAAUCUUAGAAACAGUCUUAAAGGAAGAUCUUCUUUUGCUGAUCAUAUUACGCUCUGCGAUUCUGACGAUCUUGAGUUUACGGUCAUGCAAAUGGCUGAGAUUUUGGAAAGUGCAUUUGUUGCCAAAAAUUUAGAAGUUGAAACCCUGCAACAACGCCUGCAAGAAUCCAACGCGAAACUAGACAAGCUUCUGCAUGAGAACGAGCAGUUUGAAGAAAACAACAAGCAGAUUCGGAAACUAGAAUCUCAACUUGCUACCCUCCAAAAAGAAUCUCUGGAAUCCAGAGAAGCUUUGGCUUCAGAAGUGGCAGACAAACACGACCAGGUGAUGUCUCUUCGGAAAGAAUUGCAGUUGUUAGAAGAAGAGUGUCGUCAUUUAAACAUGCAUGUUCAGUUCAAGGAAGGUGUUAUUAAAAAAUUAAGGGAGGAACGCGCACAAACAAAGGAAAAAGCGAAAGGAGAAUCAGUUUGUAAUAAAGACACUUGCAAUGAACCUGAUCACGAAUCCGUGAUCGCGACAUUCCUGCAACAGUUUAAAAGGAUGGAAGAAUUUAGAAUGUGUACUGUAGAAGCUCAGGCAGCAACUGAAGAUUUAAGAGAAGAAAUGGAAACUGUUAUUUGCAAUUUUAAUUCUCGCCAUGAAAAGUACUGUGAGUUAAACAAACUUAUAGCUGAAGUACAAAAUUAUUUAUUAUCCACAAAGGAGAAAAUUUCUGAGACAAUAAAUCAGUUAAAAUUGCAGGAAGAUGAAAGGUCGAGAUAUAAGGACAGAAUUUCGACAAGUAGAAACAAAUUAAAGGGUAUGAAAAAUGAAAUUAAUCAGUCUCGAGUGAAAUUUUCUCGAUGUGUUAGCAGUAUGCAAGAAAAUAAUCAGAAAUUUGGUUCUGUUGAAUUCGCUGAGAUUUAUACUUCUAAUGAUGUACUAAAUAUGGUUGUGGAUGAAGUUGAAGAUGUUGUCUCAAAUCUAACAAUCUUCCAGUCACGGGAGCAUUCUGCAGUUUCCCUGCUAUCAGAAUUGGAUUCGCAACUUUCAACUGUUGAGAACAACUUGAAAAAGUUAUUCGUCAAGAGUCAGGAAGUCCUACAAGAAAAUGAAGUCAAUCAGAAAAUAUUCGAAGAACGGGAAAAAUGCAUCGAAAAAUCGGAAAAGGAGCUCGACUACGCUCACACGAACAUGCAGGACGUUCUCGAAACUAUUUCCUCCGCAUUAGAUGAAAUAAACGAAUUCGAUAUUGUGAAGAAUAGCCAAAUUUCGAAUCAGGAUGUUAAUGAGAUUGUAAAAGUCAAGGAAGAGUAUCACAAAUUGAGGAAGGAAUACGACAAACUGAGAAUGAACACGAUCGAGGUCUCUCAUAAAAAAGAAGUCGAUGAAAGGAUCAGUGAAUGCAACUGUAGAAUUAUAAAUUUGGUAGAUCAAGUGCGAGAUUUGCAAAAUGAGGUGAAAAUUCGUCAGGAAGCGAAUCUGAUUCUAAAAAAUAAUAUCGUGUCACUAGAAGAUGAAUUGAAUUGCGCAUAUAAAAAAUGCGAAGCACACAGGAGGAGUUAUUCAACAGAAAGUAUGGAACUAAAUAGAAAAAUCUUUGAUUUAGAAAGCACUAUGAAGUUGCAGAAGGAAAUAGAAUCGAAACUCCGCAGAAGUUUGACUUCCAGUGAACUCGAGCUUAAAAAAUCACAAGAUAUGCUGAAAUUAUGUCACACAAGUUCCGAGGGUACUUUUUCGUUGUGUGGAACAUCAUUCGAGCUCAAAGGAGUUCCACAGUCUUUUAAAGUUCUUCAAGAGACGAUUCAUCAAACGAGAAGCGGUCUUCUUGAUCUCGGAAAUGAAAUGAAGAAAUUGGUAUGUGAAGUAUCUUCUCACUCUUGUUCUUCUACAACUUCCGUAAAGUCAGCAAUCGACAUGCUUGAAAAAUAUGGAACGAGCGUCGAAAGUUGCUUCGCAGAAAUGGAAAAACUGCGAAGCGCUUUGUAUUCUAAGGACAAACUUUUGGAUGAUAAGGAGGCGAUCAUCACGAUUCAAAAAGACACAAUACUCUUGACUCAAAACGAACUCAAAGAUCUACACGCGAAGUUACAGGAUAAGGAUCAAUUGCGAAUUCGUACGUGCGAUUGUGAAAUUUUGAAAUCUCAGAUUGAUAGUCUCCAAAAGAGAAACCGGCUUCUUGAUGAACAAUUCAAAAGUGCAAACAUUUUGUGGGAAAAGACAGAAUUGGAACUAAAAUGCUGUCUAGAAAAGCAAAAAAAGUUCUUUUUGACGAAAAGCGUUGAAUGCAAAAUAAGUGACCAAGAAAUUGAAUGUUUGCAGCAAAAAUCUAAUUCCCUGAUGGAAGAAAAUGCGAAUUUGAAGACAGAACUUGAAAAGUAUAGAAUGGAUUUUGAGAUUAUCAAAGAAGAAUUGCAAAAGCAGAGUGAAGUAUGUUUGUGCAUUCCAGAUUUAAAAUCCGAACUCCAAAAACUUAGUAAUGAAGCUAUGAAACUUAAAUCGGAAUUGGAAAAAGAAAAUGAAGAUUUAAAGUUGGAACUGAAAAAAUGUCAAGUGGAAUUCCAUAUUGUUGAAGAGGAAUUGAAAAAGCAGAGUGAAGAGUGCAUUCCUAAUUUAAAAUCAGAAUUGGAGAGACUAAAUUCUGAAAAUGAACAAUUAAAUAGUGAGUUAGAGGGAGGAAGAAAACUAAAUGAAGAAUUGAUGGAAAAAUUGCAAAUAGCAAAAGAUAAGGGAAUCAAACUUGAGGAACGAUUAUUGAAAUUGGAUGUUAAUCAAAGAGAGAUAAAAAAUCUGCAAGAGCAAAUAAAAUGCUACGAAUCUUGUAUGGCUGAACAAAAUGAAAUAAUUGAGCAACUAAAGGAAAAAUUGCUCUCCACUGAGCAACAAAAAGAAAACUGUAUUUCAGAAUUGAACAACUCGAAAGAAAUGAUUUGCAUUUUGAAGAGCUUAUUAAAAGAAAAGUCAGAUUGUAUGGUCAAAUUGCAGGCAGAUUAUCAAAUGAUUAAGAACGACAAUAAGAUUAUGAAAAUGGAGAAUGGUUUGUUUGAAAGUAAGGCAAAAGAAGACAUUUAUGAGUUAAAAAGCAAGAUAAAGGAAAUUCAAAUACAGCUUUGUAUUGCGGAGGGUAAUUACAAAACUGUUACUCAGGACUUUAAUAAAAGUCAAGAACUUCUACUGAAGACUGUGAACCGCGAGGCUGAAUUACAACAAACUCUAACGAACGUGGAGAAAAAUUUUUAUUCCAAAAUGAAGUGUGUGGAGAAAGAAGAGGCAAGACUGAAAGAUUUGGUAAAUAAAAUGAGGGAAGAACUUGAAGAAGCGAAAGAGGAACUUUCUUCUAAAAAAAUGGAACUUGAGCAAAUUCAAUCUGCUUGUAAUCUUUACUCCAGUCAACUUCAAAACACACAUUAUGACCUUCAGGGUUUAAAAGGAAAUCUCCUCAAGUUGGAAGAAACGAAUUGUUACUUGAAACAAAAAUUACAAAAUUGCCGAGAAGAAUACUCUUCGCUUUUAAAACAGAAAAAAUUGCUCGAACAAAAUAACUGCAAGUGCAUAAACGAGCUGGAGGGCAUGCACAAAUCUUUGAUCGGCUUGCGAAAGGAGUGCAAAGUUAAGACUAAAUCCCUGGCAUCUAUGACUGUCGAAUUGACUCAGGCUACAGCCAGCAGAUCGGAAUUAUGCAACGAAUCUCAAUAUGUUGUUUCUUGUAUCCGGGACUGGAUGGAAGAACAGAAAAGUGUCGUGGAUUCCUUGACUUCAAAACUGAAGACAAAGCAACAGCAGCUUAUAAAUCUCAGUUUCGAAAAGAAGGCUUUGAUAGCAAAGGUGAAAGAACAAAGGCGAAUUGUCAAUGCUUUUCUGCAAAGAAGAAAACGCUUCCUGAAAUCUAUGGGACAAGGUGGAAAAAACAUUUGUAAAUGUUCUUCACCUAGUUGGGGAAUUAGACCCAAUUCUCGAUUUUCUAAGAGAUCAUUAGUUGGGCCGGUUAAAACGGCUCGUAAAAAAUCAGUUCACACAAAUUCCUGGUUUUUCCCGAGGAUAGCAUAUUUAGAAAAAGUCUUGAGGAUAGGCAACGAAAUUUUCAGCAAAGAAUCUGAAAGCGACCCCGGACUCGAUGAGAAUCGAGAUUGUGGAUAUCAAUCUUCUACCAGCAAAUGACGACGAAUCAAGUGAAGAAAUAUCGUGUUGGUGAAUUGUAAUCUCAGGAAACCCUUCGAUGACGAUGUAAAUUCCAAGACUUAGGGAAAACUCGUAUCCGACUAACCGUAAACCAAAGCAUUUUUAAAUGACGAUUUUGCCUUUUUUAUAGACAUAUUAUUGACGAGUUUUUUUAUA